AAAAAAGCACUGGAGUGGUGGACCGAGCGUGCGCACAAGAGAGCUCCAAUAGACUCAGCUGAAUAGCAAUUUAUUGAAAGAAAAAACCCUGGGAGGGGAUACUGAGGUUGGGGGGAGAGUGGGACUGUGGGAGCACAAUUAUAUUUUCCCCUCACAGGCUCUCACAGGCAAGAUCGCAUCACUGGCAAGGAAGAAAUUUUAUAUUCCUUGGUGAAGGCGCAACGCUAAACGCCCUGCUCGCGCUUAGUCAGCUGUGGAGCUGUCCGCCCGCGUGUGCGCGUGUUUGACUGUUAUUCGGCGGCAAUGGGACCGUAGGAGAUCGAGUUCCUGUGAAUAUAGAGGAGUAACUAAGCAAAUAAACAGGACAAGAACAAAUCUCUCAACGCGGAGUAACUAUGGAGAAACGCCAAGAACAAAAUUCGUAACGUGGUGGAAACCACAAAAAGGAUUUACCACUUGGAAUAUUUAUAGUCCGGUCGCCUUUAUUCAGAAUAUACCUUUUUUUCAAGAGAGAUUUUUUAGUAUUUUGGAACAACAGUAGGCGCAAGUAUGGGCAGGGAGACACAAUUUUGUUCAGGAUGCUGGAGAUGGGUGAUGCUGUCCAGUUUUCUCGUUCUGCACUUGAUUCCUUUGUAUGCACAUGGGAACUCCUUUGGGGCCAAUGGCACAGAGACGGACAACAAGGUGAAUGUGUCCUCACCAUUAAACAGGGAGGACGAGCAGAUGGCUGGAGUCACAGGGUCCAUCAGCCCCGUUUCCCUCCCCGUGAGAGCUGAACGCAAGCCAAGGGGGGGAGAGGAGCUGGGAAGCGGCAUGCUGGGAGAGGGUAUCGCCCCUGGGGGCAAUGGCCAUGAGAUCAGCCUGGAUUCAGCGGAAAACGACCACCUACUUAACGUGGGGUCUGAGGGCAUGGGUUCCAACCUACCUACCCUACCUGCACCCCGCGGACCAGCUGACGUACAUCUGGAUUUCAAGGAUGACAAAGACCAACUGCCGCACACUGAUCCUCCCUGGCAGAGGGCCAAAGAACACCAGGAAGUCACUGUGUUCGAUCUGGACCGUCAACCACACAGCCCCACACCCAGCCUGCCCCACUUCCAACCUGAUGCCUUCACUGUGGACUUCUUUGACCCUGCCUCACGCCGUCGGAACCUGGACCUGUCCGACACAGGUGCCCACGAGCUACAGGGAGGCAACCCCAACUCCUGGGAGCUGCCUGAAGGCUAUGAGUACACCACCAAUUACGAGAACAGCUACUCCACCAUCGAGAACCAGUACACCACCGUCGAAAGGCGGGAUGAGUCCGUCAUGCGCUUCGCAACUGCACCUCCCUCGGUGCACUUUAACCCCCGCCGCCCUGACAUCAAGCUGCCAAGUGGGUCUGCUGAGGAUGAGGAACCCCCUGCUGCCCCGGGAGUGGUGGAUGCUACCAAUGGGUCUCUCUGUCGCCAGGGCUACGUGCGCCACAAUGCCACCUGCCGCUCUGUCUGUGAUUUCUUUCCGAGCUACUGCUUCAAUGGGGGUCAGUGCUAUCUGGUGGAGGGGGCAGGAGUCUUCUGCAGGUGUAACGUCCAGGACUACAUCUGGCACAAGGGCUCCAGGUGUGAGUCCGUUAUCACGGAGUUCCAGGUGAUGUGCAUCGCCAUCGGAGGAGCAGCACUCAUGGUGCUGCUGCUCUUCAUGAUCACCGUUUGCUUUGCCAAGAAGCUGCACCUGCUCAAGACCGAGAACAGCAAGCUGCGCAAACGCAGUAAGUACAGGCCUCCGUCGGAGCAGCACAAUGAUAAUUUCUCUCUGUCCACCAUCGCUGAGGGCUCCCACCCAAAUGUAAGGAAACUUUGUGACACCCCGCCUACCCUUCCUCAUGCGCGUGCUUUGGCUUACUAUGAUAACAUUAUAUGUCAGGAUGAUCCUAACGCCCAGAACAAACUGGAGGACCCAGUGAAGUCCCCCCCGCCCAAGGAGGACGAGCCCCUGAACAUCCAGAACUCGCUCACCCCCAAACAUGAGAACAACAAGGCGGCGUGCGAGGAGAACUCCUCGGAGGGAGGGGUAACUGUCGAAGUGGAGGAGCGACUCCUAAAACACAGCAGUAAGAAGCCCCCUGCCUCCUCAGCGCUCGACCAUGACGCAUGCUUCCACAGACACCACUACUCCUCACCAGAGCUGGGGCGGAGGGGCAGGGCAGACAGCCAAUUGGAACAGCGGGACGUCCCUCCACGGCAGGUGGGCAGCCCCAUCAGCACCCGCUCCCUGCCUACCCUGCCCACCAAAAUGACUCGGCCUCGAGGGGGCAAAGCAUACACUUUCUGACUUGUGCUUUCCCCCAUCUCCCUGACUAGAAUACUCUGAAACCAGACUGAUGCACUGGAAAACACUGAUAUAGCAAAAAGAUUGAUGAUUUCAUUGGCUGAGACACUGCAAAAUACUGAUUGAUAAACAGCACUACUUACUGACUGCCUGUAAUAUGCUUAUAUAUGUCUGCAUCAUACCGAAUGAAGUAUUGUACUGUACUUUACAGAUACUGUUACUAUAUAUCCCCUGACAUAUUUAUGAUGUUCUGACAGUUAGACUAUGAUAUAUUGACUGAUGCAAUUCACUGUGAUUUAUUACCCAGACUCAAUUGAUACACUGUAACAUGAUGGAAAGCAAAUUGUGGUUUACUGACUGAUGAACUUACAUACUGGCAGAUAAACCAUAAUAUACUGACUGAUGCACUUUAACAUAAUAGCAAAUAAACUGUAAUAUACUUGCUGAUAUAAUGAAUUCAUAUAAAUAGUCCUACUCUGGCUGAUGCUGAUGUAUUAUAAAUUACGAUCCUGUUGAUCCAAAACAAGUGGACCAACUCAUUAGCCACAAAUAGGGUAGUCCAGACAGCAAUGUACUGAGUGGCAUAAUAAGACUAUAAAACAUAACAAUCUUAAUGGCUCUCUAUGAGUGCAGGCUGGGUGGUGGUUUCAGGUGUAAGCUCUGGCUAUGUCAUAAGCCAGACAGGAAGUCCACCUCAUCCCACCAGGGUUAAGAUGUGUUUAAGUCGGCCAGGGUUUCUUGUCUACUGCUGCCUUAGUUCCACCCAAUAGUGGCUUUUUGUGUCUGCCCUCUCCAGUGCUGCUAUGCGGACCACAGGGUGUAAAACAUUUCCUAGAUUGCGGGUGUGUGCACUGGAGGAGUGCACGUCCAUCAGCUACAGUGCUCAUAGCAUGUAUGUGUGGGUGAGACAGUGAAGAGAGGCAAACCAUAAUGCUGAAUUACUUUGACCUGACAAUUAAGGGUACCUACACCACGAUAUCACUGUGAAUGUGGCAUAAUAUAUUAUGAGAAAUCAAAUAUCUGGCUACAUAGAAACUACAAGAUAUAUAUAAUAUUUUGACAAACUUUAAUAUACUAUAUGUAUUGACCUGAGAGAGAUGGUGAUAGGAUAUAUGAAUAUGGUGGUUAAACAACAGUUACUCAUGCUAAGGAAUGGCCACAUUCCUAGACAAUCUGUGUGCAAAAGCUUUCUG